GCGCUCCAGCUUUUGUAAAUUAGGCGCCAAUGGAGAUACAGAUGCUGUGUUUUCCGGCGGAUGCUCCGCCACUUGCCGUCAUUGUCGCUUCUAAAAUCGCCGGUCUUUCUCUCCCUACUGAUCCUUCCCUCCCUUCUGGCUCAACCCCUAUCCUCCACUUCUCGGAUGGUGGAAAACUGCGGGGACUGUAUGUGCUUCUGCGAUACAUCGGCCGGGUAGCAAAGAUUCCAGAUUUUUACAAUAGGGAUGCAUUUGAGUCCACCCAGAUUGAUGAAUGGCUUGAGUAUGCCCCUGUUUUCUCUUCUGGCUCUGAAUUUGAAGGGGCAUGUGGCUAUGUGGACAGAUAUCUACUGCAGCAUACUUUUUUAGUCGGUCAUAGUCUGUCAAUUGCAGAUAUAGCAAUCUGGUCAGCACUUGUAGGAACAGGGCAGAGAUGGCAAAGUCUACGCAAUUCCAAGAAAUAUCAAAAUCUAGUACGGUGGUUCAACUCUAUACAUGACGAAUUUGAUGCAGCUCUGAAUGAAGUGACUGCAAUGUAUAUUGGAAAAAAAGGUUUAGGGACUCAAGCAGUUUCUAAAGUCCGAGAUCAACAGGUUUCUACUUCGUCUUCCAAUAGUGUGAAUGGCGCUGUAAGUGAGAAGGGUGUGGGAGGGAACCGACCUGUAUUUGAGGUGCAUCUUCCAGAUGCACAGGUUGGAAAAGUACGGGUGAGAUUUGCUCCAGAACCUAGUGGUUAUCUACAUAUUGGUCAUUCUAAAGCAGCACUGUUAAACAAGUAUUUUGCUGAGAAAUAUGACGGUAAGCUGAUUGUGCGCUUUGAUGAUACGAACCCUGAUAAGGAGAGCAGUGAAUUCGUAGAUAAUCUUCUCAAAGAUAUUGAAACUUUGGGGAUUACCUAUGAGGCUGUAACCUACACAUCAGACUACUUUCCCAACAUGAUAGAAAUGGCCGAGAAAUUGAUUCAUGAGGGUAAAGCCUAUGUUGAUGACACAACUCGGGAAAAAAUGCAGCAAGAACGGAUGGAUGGGAUAGAAUCCAAGUGUAGAAGUAAUAGCGUGGAGGAGAAUCUGAGCUUAUGGAAGGAAAUGGUUGCUGGAUCAGAAAGGGGUUUGAUGUGUUGCCUCAGAGGCAAGCUGAAUAUGCAGGAUCCAAACAAGUCCCUUCGUGACCCAGUAUACUACCGUUGCAAUUUGACUCCUCACCACAAGAUUGGUGCUAAAUAUAAAAUCUAUCCUACUUAUGAUUUUGCAUGUCCGUUUGUUGAUGCCGUGGAAGGUAUUACCCAUGCACUUCGAUCUAGUGAGUAUCACGACCGUAAUGAUCAAUACUACUGGAUCCAGACGGAUAUGGGUUUUCAAAAAGUUCAUAUAUAUGAAUUUAGCAGGGUGAAUCUGGUCUAUACACUUCUUAGCAAGCGUAAACUGCUAUGGUUUGUUCAAACUGGAAAGGUUGAUGGCUGGGAUGAUCCUCGUUUUCCUACUGUACAGGGAAUAGUACGCAGGGGGCUGAAGAUUGAGGCACUGAUACAGUUCAUGCUGGAACAGGGGGCAUCCAAGAAUCUCAAUCUCAUGGAAUGGGACAAGCUUUGGGCCAUUAAUAAGAAAAUUAUUGAUCCAGUCUGUCCCAGACAUACAGCUGUUAUAGACCAACAACGGGUCUUGUUGACUCUAACUGAUGGUCCUGAGGAUCCAUUUGUGCGAACCAUACCUAAGCAUAAAAAGUACGAAGGUGCUGGGGAGAAAGCAACUACGUACACCAAGAGAAUAUGGAUAGACCAGGAUGAUGCCCGAUCAAUCGCAGCUAAUGAGGAAGUGACUUUAAUGGAUUGGGGCAAUGCUAUAGUAAAGGAAAUCGAGAAGGACCAAGAGGGCAAUGUAACACAAUUAACUGGUGUUUUGCAUCUUGAAGGAUCUGUCAAAACAACAAAGUUGAAGCUCACGUGGUUGCCUGAUACUAACGAGCUUGUUACACUCUCUUUGGUGGAUUUUGAUUAUUUGAUCACUAAAAAGAAGCUUGAGGAGGAUGAAAAUUUCGUGGAUGUUGUUAAUCCAUGUACCAAGAUGGAGACUGCUGCUCUUGGUGAUUCCAACAUGAGGAACUUGAAGCGUGGUGACAUAAUACAGCUGGAGAGAAAAGGGUACUUCAGAUGCGAUGUUCCCUUCAUAAGACCUUCAAAGCCCCUAGUACUGUUUGCCAUCCCAGAUGGCAAGCAAACCACAGUGAUGAAGUUCAGAACUUAAGACAGGUCAUUCUGCAUUAACUUUGGGAAUGCUAUCUAUUCUGCCCACUGGUGGGAUUGUUGGUUGUAAGCCAAUUUGUGACUGUGAAACUACACGAGUUACUAGUCAAUUUUCUUUUUUCUUUUUCCUUUCUAUUUUUUGUAUGUUGGAUUCUUAAAGAUGCUUGUAUUAUCAUUUUUGUAGUGUCAUGCAACGCGCUCAGGAUCACCUGAAUCAUAUGAACGUUUUUGACGACUUUUAACCUC